UUUUGAAAAGUCUGUGGCGUAUAUUGGAGGAAAUAACCAAGAUGGUGCUGCUAGGUGUGGUGUUAUGGGCGGGCGUUACCUUCGGGAGCCACGUCGCCCCAUACCCGCUCAAUUUGUUGGUGACCUCAGAUAUAAUUCACCCCCCGCCGAUGUACGACUUCCCGUUCCCAAGUGCUGAGAUGUUGAAAAAAUUGCCCCCCGUCACUGCCGCCAACACCAACAGCUCGAUCGCCUUCAGUAAGAUGUCGGUGUCAAUGAUGGAGCGUUUCGAGAGGAACCUGCAGGGGGCGAACAUCACGCCGAAACAGGGGUCGGCCGCCCAAGCGUUCGCGAUACAGGGCCGACCCUCCGCCGACGCCAUGCGCUACGAGAUGUCUUCGAUGAUCAUCACGAAGGCCACGCAACACCUGGGCUGGAGCAAAUGCGUGACCUACGGGUGCCCGACGGACGAGUGUGCAAGUCUGAUGAGUACGUUGACACUGCGGGAUACUGAAUUCGGGGCCGAGUGCGCCGCUCUGGAGCGCUUCACGUGUCGCACCAACAAGAUGUCCUCCAAGUACCGCACCUUCGACGGCUCGUGUAACAACCCAGUGCGCUCCUCGUGGGGCCAAGCACUUACCGGCUUCAAGCGCAUACUACACCCGAGAUACGCAGACGGCGUCGAGGAGCCACGCAAGUCAGUGCUGCCAAAGCCGUUGCCCUCGGCGCGACUCAUUAGCAACAAGGUGGCCGCCAGCGUGGACGCACCGAACGGCGAAAAGACAAUAGCCCUCGCGGUUUGGAGUCAGUUCGUGCAUCACGACUUAGUUCAUAUUCCCGUGAGGAAGACAAUCCACACGAACGAGACGCUGCGCUGCUGCGACCUGAGCGGCUUCGAGCUGGCCCCACGCCACCGCCACCCCAACUGCAUGACGAUCCGCGUUCCCGACGACGACCCCCACUUCGACGGGCGCUCCACCACGUGCAUGGAGUACACGCGCUCCGUCACCACGUACAGGGGCGACUGCACCUUCGGCGCUGCAGAGCAGAUGAACCAGGCAACGCAUUUCCUGGACGGAUCAAACAUCUACGGCACGAAUAGCAGGGACGCCGCGGCUUUGCGUGAGAAGACCGGUGGUCUUCUGAAGACCUCGGACAUCGACAGCGAGGAGCACUUACCUAUGGCCGCUUACCCCACGGAAAAAUGCUUGGUUGGGAGCGAUUCUGAAGCGUGUUUCAACACUGGAGACAUCCGCUCGAACAUGCACCCUUGGCUGACUGGGUUGCACUCUUUGUGGGUGAGGGAGCAUAACAGGGUCGCCAGGGCGCUCGCAGCGCUCAACCCGGAAUGGAACUCGGACCGCUUGUACCACGAGGCCAGGAGGGUGGUGGUCGCUGAGCUGCAGCAUAUCACCUACAAACAUUGGCUGCCCGCUCUUACCGGGAAAGCUUUCGAAGAGCUGUACGAAAGCUACGACAGCGGCUACAACUCGGACAUCGAUCCAACCAUCACCAACUCGUUCGCGACGGCCGCCUUCCACUUCUUCAACAGCCUCCUAGACCAGGACAUCGAGCUGGUGGAUGACAACCACAACGUGACUUCCACCCAAAGGCUGAAGGAGAGCUAUUUCAAGCCGGCCAUAGUCGCCACGAAGGGCGCCCUCGAGAAGGUUCUGCGGGGUAUGGUCAGCCAGAGCGUCCAGGAUUUGGAUCUGAAUUAUGACGACGAUCUGCGUCAUAGCUGGCUGGGUGGCUUGGACGUGCUGGCUGUGGACAUCCAGAGGGGAAGAGACCAUGGUCUUCCCGGUUAUGCCCAGUACAGAACCCUAUGUGGUCUAUCGGCCGUUACUACCAUACAGGAAUUGGUCGACGUCAUACCGCAAGAGACCGUUGAGAAACUGUCGAGGUAUUAUGACCACCUCAACGACAUUGAUCUGGUUGUGGGUUUGAUGGCCGAAACGCCGCUUUCCGGAUCACUGCUGGGACCAACCGCGACAUGCCUAAUCAAGGAGCAGCUGUGGCGGACGCGCGCCGGCGACCGCUACUUCUACACGCACCAGGGCGAGGCGGGCGGCUUCGGCAAGCGGCAGCUGGCCGAGCUGAGGCGCGCCUCUCUGUCGCGUCUGCUCUGUGACAACGCGCCGCUGCGGCGCGUGCAGAGGGACGCCUUCCGACCGCCCUCCGAAAGCAACCCAAUCGUGCCCUGCGAAGAAAUAAAGAAGGUUAAUUUGGAGGCCUGGCAAGACCCGUCCAAGCGUCCGGACAUUUUAACCCGAACCAACAAAUGGAUCAAGAACAAAGUGGGCAGUGUCGGAAACUCCACCAAA